AUGGAGGAAGGAGAAGAUGGGGAGUGCACCACAGGCCUGCGGGAGGAGUGCUGCCAUCCCUGGAAGGCCUGCUCCAUGACUUUGUGGCCAAUUGGUGGCAGCAAUGGUCUCAGCUUUACACCGCGGCUCACUCCUCGAGGGCUGAAGCAGAGAGGCAUUCUCUCGGAGGUGGUUCGCACCCAUCAGGCAGAUGAGAUCAAGGCCUGCCCUAGCAAGGGCCAGGAAUCGGAGCCGGUGAAGCGACCCGCCAGAGCAGCUGGCUUUCAGCUUUCUCGUCAGAUGCGAGAUGUGGCUGAAAGUGCCCUGCCGGCGGGCAAGCAGCCCUCCACGGCCGUGGUGCCUCCAAAGGUGAUCAAGGUGCACAACCACCGACCUGGGGACAUCCCCAGAAAGGUCACAGUGGAAAGACAGCAGAAGAAGUUUGAGGGGAUGGACAUCGAGGAACUGCUCCUCGCCCGCGGCAUCUCUUUUAACAGUCGCUGGGAGGAAGGUCAUUGGUUGUCACUGGAUGAUUUUGACAACACGGAGUACGACAUUCGCACCCCAGCGCAGUGGAUCGAAAUGGGCCAGCAGGGCGAGGACGGCGAACGCCUGCCAGUGCUCGCCACUGGGUUGCGGCUGAACAUAGAUCACAGCGGCAACUGGCAGGCAUGUGUUGCAGUGGGUUGCGACGGCGGUCGCACGCUUGUGCACUGGCUUUCGCCAAAUGGCGAAGUAGAUCGGGCACACCCCUCGCUGCUCACGCGGCUUCAGAUUCUCUACAAUGGCGAGGAUCCUGAAAACCAUGCAGACCGCAUCCUGUUCGCCUUUGAGUCCCUGCGUCGUGCGCAAUCACGAGCACAGCUCAACUUCUUUAUUGAUAAUAUGCCGUCUGACGACAUCCAGUGCUUGGACACAGACCAAGUCUCCCGAGUCCUGGAUCUUGCUCGCAACUCGCCAUCCCUUCGGGAGAGCAGUUUAGAGACAGCAGCGAACCUGUUGGUGAAGGAAGCCAACCUGGAUUUCGCCCGCACGAUGAACAAGAUCAUUUUUAUCAGCCACAAGCUGCAAAGGGAGGAGGGGUCAGGCGCAGGCCGUUUUCCAGUCCGUCAACAUUGA